AUGGCCGCGCUGCCCGGUGGGAACAUGGCGGGGGGCGGCCGGGGGGCGCGGGUGGUGCUGCUGCUGCUGCUCGGCGGCUGCCUGGGCCGGCGGCCACCGGCUGCCGCCGCCGCCGCGCCGCCCGCCGCCGCCGUCGUCCCCCCCCCUCGGCGGGCGGCGGAGGAGACGGUGAUCAUCGGCCUGCGGCUGGAGGACACGGACGACGUCUCCUUCAUGGAGGGGGGCGCGCUGCGGGUGAGCGAGCGGACGCGGGUGAAGCUGCGGGUCUACGGGCAGAACAUCAACAACGAGACCUGGUCGCGCAUCGCCUUCACAGAGCACGAGCGGCGGCGGGGCGGGCGGGCGGCGGCGGGGGCGGCGGGUCGCGGCGGCGGUGGGGGCGGCGGCGGGGCGGCGGGCGGUGGCGGCGGCGCCCCGCAGCGCUGCGGCAUCCGCACCUCGGACAUCAUCAUCCUGCCGCACAUCGUGCUCAACCGCCGCACCUCGGGCAUCAUCGAGAUCGAGAUCAAGCCCCUGCGCAAGACGGAGAAGAGCAAGUCCUACUACCUGUGCACCUCCGUCUCGGCCCCCGCCGCCGCCGCCCUGGGGCCCGGGGCCACCGGAGGACUGGCGGGCGCCGAGGGGCCGGCCGGGCCCCCGCCCUGGGGUGAGACCACCUGGAUCUACCAUGACGGCGAGGACACCAAGAUGAUCGUGGGCGAGGAGAAGAAGUUCCUGCUGCCCUUCUGGCUGCAGGUCAUCUUCAUUUCGCUCCUCCUCUGCCUCUCGGGCAUGUUCAGCGGCCUCAACCUGGGCCUCAUGGCCCUGGACCCCAUGGAGCUGCGCAUCGUGCAGAACUGUGGCACGGACAAAGAGAAGAACUAUGCCAAGCGCAUCGAGCCCGUGCGCCGCCAGGGCAACUACCUGCUCUGCUCCCUCCUGCUGGGCAACGUCCUGGUCAACACCACACUUACCAUCCUGCUGGAUGACAUCGCCGGCUCCGGGCUGGUGGCCGUGGUGGUCUCCACCAUUGGUAUCGUCAUCUUCGGCGAGAUCGUGCCGCAGGCCAUUUGCUCUCGGCACGGCCUGGCCGUGGGCGCCAACACCAUCUUCCUCACAAAGUUUUUCAUGAUGAUGACCUUCCCGGCCUCCUACCCCGUCAGCAAGCUGCUGGACUGUGUCCUGGGCCAGGAGAUCGGCACGGUCUACAACCGUGAGAAGUUGUUGGAGAUGCUGCGCGUCACCGACCCUUAUAACGAUCUAGUCAAGGAGGAGCUCAACAUUAUCCAAGGAGCCCUGGAGCUGCGCACCAAGACUGUGGAGGAUGUGAUGACUCCCCUCCGAGACUGCUUCAUGAUCGCUGCCGAGGCUGUGCUUGACUUCAACACUAUGUCUGAGAUCAUGGAGAGCGGUUAUACCCGCAUCCCCGUUUUCGAGGGUGACCGCUCCAACAUCGUGGACCUGCUCUUUGUUAAGGACCUGGCUUUUGUGGACCCCGAUGACUGCACUCCGCUCAAGACCAUCACCCGCUUCUACAACCAUCCGCUGCACUUUGUCUUCAACGACACCAAGCUCGAUGCCAUGCUGGAGGAGUUCAAGAAAGGCAAGUCUCACCUGGCUAUAGUACAAAGAGUAAACAAUGAAGGAGAAGGGGAUCCUUUUUAUGAAGUCCUGGGAAUUGUCACUUUAGAAGAUGUGAUUGAAGAGAUCAUCAAGUCUGAAAUUCUGGAUGAAACAGAUCUAUACACUGAUAACAAGACGAAAAAGAAAGUAGCUCAUCGGGACAGGAAGCAGGACUUCUCUGCCUUCAAGCAGACAGACAGCGAGAUGAAGGUUAAAAUAUCACCGCAGCUCCUCCUGGCAAUGCACCGGUUCCUGGCAACAGAAGUAGAAGCAUUUGGUCCAUCCCAGAUGUCGGAGAAGAUCCUUCUCAGGCUGCUAAAACAUCCCAACGUCAUCCAGGAGCUGAAAUACGACGAGAAGAACAAGAAAGCCCCAGAACACUACCUCUACCAGCGAAACAAGCCCGUUGACUACUUUGUUCUCAUUUUACAGGGGAAAGUGGAAGUGGAGGCUGGGAAAGAGGGGAUGAAGUUUGAAGCUGGUGCUUUUUCCUACUAUGGGGUGAUGGCCCUCACAGCAUCACCAGUUCCCUUGUCCCUGUCUCGUACCUUUGUUGUCAGCAGAACAGAGUUGUUAGCAGCAGGUUCUCCAGCUGAAAACAAGUCUCCACCUCGGCCCUGCGGCUUGAAUCACUCAGACUCUUUAAACCGAAGUGAUCGCAUCGAUGCAGUGACACCAACGUUAGGGAGCAGCAACAACCAGCUGAAUGCUUCUUUCCUCCAAGUGUAUGUUCCGGACUACUCAGUGAAAGCACUCACAGACAUUCAGUUUGUCAAGAUCUCAAGACAGCAGUACCAAAAUGCCCUGAUGGCAUCCCGGAUGGACAAAACACCUCAGUCCUCGGACAGUGAAAACACUAAAAUCGAACUGACUCUUACGGAGCUGCAUGAUGGUUUGCCGGACGAGACAGCAAACCUGCUGAACGAACAGAACUGCGUGACUCACAACAAGCCCAACCACAGUAUGCACAGUGAAGGAGCCAUCUAGGAGCUGACUCCCCACAACCCACCCAUCCCAUCUCCUCAGCAGGACCAGCCCUCGCUCCUUCCUGCCUCCUCCCCGAGUGUGAACACCGUUAGUAUGUGCUUGCAACACUGUGCUGCAUCCAGUGUUCUGAGACCAAAGACUUUUGCGUCCGUUCUGGGAGCAGAAGAGGAAGAAACAGGAAGAAAGGAGCAAAGAGCAAGAGAGACUAAAGCCCCAAGCGUACUUUGGGAACGGUGAGCCACCCUUGAGAACGAUGAAAAUACUUCUUGUAAAGUAGAAUCAUGUUUAUUUUUUAUCUGUAUUUUUGAUCCUUGUUGGGUUUUUCUUCCUCAAACACAUAUGGAGAAGUUUAAAAGCUCCUCCAGUUAUUUUUUCAAGAGAGAUCAUGUUUUUAAAAAGUAUUUUGCAGAGUUUUAAAUUGUUUCUGUCCCUCCCGAACCUCAAAUGGGCUCUGUCGUGGUUUUGUGAAUUGGCUCCAAUGUCCUUAGGCCUCUUUUCACCCUUCUCUGGUCCUUUUUGCUGCCCUGUUGAAGAAGUUAGUAACUGGUACUUGUAUGUUAUUUGUGUCCUAAGAAUGAGCAAGCUUCAAGGAACCUCUGGUUUCAGCCACCUGGAGGGCCAAGGGAUGAGUAUUAUUACAUUCUUCCAGUUAAGUUUCAGGGAAGGAGUUGUUACUUUGGUAUUUAGUGAUCUCUCAAAUUUCAGAAGGUUUCUUUCUAAAACAGGCAAAAGCGUUGUUACACUUACAGUUUUGUAACCUCCAGAAACUUUGCGUAUGUUGAAGAUGAUACUGGGGGGAAGGAGUUAAUUAGCAAAACUGCAGUCUCGUGAAAUGAAAGCCGGGCGUAAUUUUCCAUAGUGAAGUAACUGGGUGAUUUUUCAUUGAUGUUCCUGACAAUUGUGUGGUGAAGUAAUGUGCACACCCCAGAAUGACAAGCUUUUAAGCACUCGCGUGCUGUAGCAGUCUGCGCACUGUUACCUUGGCCAGAGCAGAUGUGCAGUCUUUGCUAAAUAACAGAGAACAUCGGUCCCCAUCCACCCUUCAAUCUCUAGUAUUAACACAAAAGAUGCUGCUACAAUUAUGCCCAAAGUACAUCCUCCAGGUGACAGUAAACCUCUGCCAGCGCAAGGAUGGGCUCUGCUGAGGGGUCGGGACCAUCCUCUCCUCUCCAAGAACUGAAAAAACUUUCCAGACAUGAGUGUAUUGCACUUCAGGGAUUCGGAGAGGUUAGUUUCCAGGCUGUUCCCAGCCACAUUCCUUCCUUUGAGUGGAUUUAGUGCAUUUCCUUCUCUCUUGACCCUUUCAACAGCCAUUUUAGGGAUUACCGUGACAGCAGAGCAGAGAGCCUCCCACCCAGCUGCCGCUAGUGCAGGGCACGCUGCGUUGGGCAGCAGAAACCAAUUCCUCCACCCCAAAAACCUGAAUGCAGACUGGGUGCAAGCAAGAGGCACCCCAUGGCAGUUGUGCAUCACACAUUCCCACUCCCACAGAUGGAGUCUAAGUCCUCAAAUGAAAAUAAAAAUGUCCCCUGCGAAUCCUCUCCCCUUCCAGUGCUGUCUCAAACAAAAUGUGAACGUUGCCCUCGGUAUCUGGAGUGAUUAAUAAAUCAGGCAUUGCGGUUUCUCUGUUUCGAGACCCUUCCGUGGCCCCUGGCUAUGUAGCAUUUCCCUUCCUUUCUUUACACUCGAAUAAUCUUAUCUGACCCUCAAAGAAGCCCCCAGCCCCAAAUGCAACUGCCAGAGCUCUCUGUGCCUGCAUGCCUGCCCCGUCUCUCCUGCUGGCGGGCUGGGGAAGGCACUUGCCGCAAGUUCCCGUGGUUCAUCUUUGUGAAUGGUGGCUGGAAAGGUGCAAUAUUUUGCUGCAGGAUCUCCGCGCAGGAAAUGGGAGUGCAUGGUGUCAGAGCCAAUUAGGUCUGCGUGUGUCUCUCCUCCUCUCUGUUUCGGCUUCAGAAAGCAGCCCUAAUUUUUGCUGUCCUCCCUGAUGGGAAAGGUGCGCUUCUUCCUUGGAGCCACCCAUGAGGAUGAAGUCCCCACAAGGGGGCAUAGAAAUUGCACGGUAUCUGACUUGUGCACCCAGUGAGGAGGAAAUGGGGCUCCCAAAACCUUACUCUCACAUUUAGCUUUUUACUAACUUUUUUUGAGCCCCAUCUAAAAGCAUUUCCUUAGUCUCCAUCCUUGCUCUGAUGCGCACCAGGCCGCCACUGCCGAGAGCACACGGCUCAGCGCCGGCACAGGCUGACCUAAGCCCUGCUCAUUCCCGGAGAGCUGCCAAUAUUGCACCUUUCUCACAAACCAAAAUGUUGAGAUGUUACAGCGUUUGUCCUCGGCGAGGGACUCGCCUCGCCAGUUUUUAUCUAGCGUUGCUGAAUGUAAAAGUUUGUCGGAAGUGUUUGACACAGUGGUGAACUUGAGAUGCAGUAUCCGUUUUGUCAAACCUGCCGGAGGAGGGAAGGCUCAAGUCAAGGCAGCUCUCUCUCUGGGACAAGGUUGCUCGCUGGAUCUGACUUCUGCUUCUUAUGGCAGGUUAUGGAUUUGUUUCAGUGUCUGUUUCCCUUUA